AUGGCAACGGCUAUAAAUGAGCAAAAUGGACAUGAAAUGGCACAAACGGUGCCCUCGUCGCCGUCUCCGAGCGGCGUCCCACUCGGUGCAGUGCCAGGACAAGGCCUGAUGAGUGCAACUUUGGAUCCAACGCCCGCAACCGCAGCUGGCCACCCUGCGCCCGGCACACACGACCAACGCCGUUCUGAGCAUUCACAGCAGCCUCCAGUACCCAUAAUGUCUCCCCGACGUGGCCAGGGAUUAAACGGGCUCGACUUCACGCCCAUCGUCACCCAUUAUCUCUUCCUCGUCACCUCUAUCCUCGCUUUUAUCGGCUGGCUCACAGCGUUUAUUGGCCAGGCGGCAUUUGAAGCAAAGUUCAAAGAGCCCAAGGGACUUCCUCCCAGCGCCGGUACACUCUGGUUCGCCAUCUUCUUGCAUCUCGCCGUCAUCCUCGGCGUCCUCUACACCCUCGCAACCGAUAACAUUGCUCUCAACAGACUCCAGAUUUCCGUCUUUUCGGCCAUUUCAAUCGUAUAUGCCGUCCAAGGUGCCAAUGAUGGUCUUUACUCUCCGUUAGCAGCCGCACAGGCUAUGGGAGCGGGCUACUUGUUGCUCGCCUUCGUCUUUAUUCUGUGGACGCUCUACUUCUCUGCCGAAGAGGGCUCUAUUACCCUCGACCUCUUUAACAGCAUGGGCACGGGCGGAUUGACGGGACCCGGGCGUCGACGAACAAUUAUCGGUGGCCAAGGCGUCUCUCGAUCCGUAACCAACAUGAACAACGGCCAAAGCGCCGUGCCAUACGAAACUUAUGGAUCGCCGAACGCGCCGAGCCAGAAGCUAGGCGGCUACGGCGGAGGAGGGAUUGGCAGCGGCAUUGGUGGCGGACCUGGUGGAGCUCUUGGUCCUGCACAGAGUGUCAAAGACGAUACGAGGAGUCCACGCAGCAUGAACACGCAGCCUAUUGAUGCGCAGAGCAUGGCUAGCAUGGGUGCCCGCAGCAAUGCUGGUGGUGUGAUUGGGGGAGGUCCGCCAACGGGUAUGACAGAGGCCUCUGCACCGCUCAUGACUGGAUCGAGUGGUGAGCCGACAAGCGAGCAGCCAUAUUCAUAUCAUGCAAAGGCGCUAUACAAUUAUAAUGCAUCCCCUGAUGACCCGAACGAGCUCUCUUUCUCAAAGGGAGAGAUAUUGGACAUUGUCGACAACUCGGGCAAGUGGUGGCAAGCGAAAAAGGCCGACGGUACGACUGGAAUCGCGCCAUCAAACUAUCUCCAAAUCGUGUAA